AGAACUCUCAUCUAACUCUUCUUCUUCUUCUUCUCCAGGUGGCCAGGCGGACACGUCCACUCCACCGCGGCUGUUGGUCCACAGAGUCCCCAGGCAGACACCGCUGGCCGCCGACGGAGAGCAGGAAGGACUACCUUGGCCAGACAGGAUGUUUGUGCACAGGACGCUGUGUGGCCGUCCUGCUCUGCAGCUCUCCAGGAUGUUUUCAGCCAAAUCUUUACCUAUUCUCACUCUGUUCACAAAGGAUCCGUGUCCAUUGUGUGACGAAGCCAAAGAGCUGCUGCAGCCGUUCAAACACAGGUUCCUCCUGCAGCAGGUGGACAUCAGCCUCCCAGAAAACAGGCAGUGGUGGGACAAGUACAAGUGGGACAUCCCAGUGUUCCACCUGAAUGGGCAGUUUUUGAUGAAACAUGGAGUGGACGCUGCACUGCUGGACAAACUGCUUCAAGAUAUUGAGAAGCAAAACCUGUGAUGAGAACGUUAUGUAUUCGAUUGAGAUCGUAUCUGUUUAAUGAUCAAUAAAGACAACCUCCCAAAUAA